AAAAUCCAAGCUUUCUCAGCGCCAUUGAUCGCCAUUGAAGGACCUCGGAGGUGAAGAAUGGGGGAAGACGAAGAAGGAGAGGAGUAUCUCUUCAAGGUGGUGAUCAUCGGAGACUCAGCGGUGGGAAAAUCCAACCUGCUCUCAAGGUACGCUCGGAACGAGUUCAAUGCCCACUCCAAGGCCACCAUUGGAGUGGAGUUCCAGACCCAGAGCAUGGAAAUUGAUGGCAAGGAAGUCAAGGCCCAGAUCUGGGACACUGCUGGCCAGGAGCGCUUCCGUGCCGUCACCUCCGCUUAUUACCGCGGCGCUGUCGGCGCGCUCGUCGUCUACGACAUCUCGCGCCGCACUACCUUCGAUAGUGUCGCCCGAUGGCUGCAGGAGCUCAGCACUCAUUCUGAUACCACCGUUGCAAGGAUGCUUGUUGGAAAUAAAUGUGAUCUAGAGAGUAUUAGAUCUGUGUCUGUGGAAGAAGGCAAAGCCCUUGCAGAGGAAGAAGGUUUGUUCUUUAUGGAGACUUCAGCAUUAGAUUCGACAAACGUGAAGACCGCAUUUGAGAUAGUUAUAAAAGAGAUUUAUGAUAAUGUGAGCAGAAAAGUGCUGAAUUCUGAUUCAUAUAAAGCCGAGUUGUCGCUCAACCGGGUGAGCCUCACUAGCAAUGGUACCGACGAAGCAAAACAAAAUUCAAGCAGGUUCUCAUGCUGUUAGAAUUCAUCUAUUAUUUAAAA